AAUCGAGAUAAAGGUCGAAAGAUCCGUGGAUUUGUUCAAUUGUCAUUAAUAAAUGCAAAAAUUUGUAAUGUAAUGUCAUCUCGUGUUUCAUUAGAAUCCAUUGCAUGCAUUGAAUCCAUAGAAUCCAUAGAAUGCAUUGUAUUUUCUUGUAAAAGUGGUGAAGAAAGUUUUGACUCUAGUGUUCUUAAAUGUCGUGAAAAAAUUCAUCCAAUAUGCCUGUCUGACACUGCACACUGUCAGAAUACACAGGCAGCCUUAAAAUGUUAUGCAGAAGUGACUUUACAGCUAUUCUAUUCUAUCAUUUUUAAAUGUAAGUAAUGAAACGGAACAAGAAAUUUGAUUGGAUUAGAUAUAGGAAUACUUUUGGUCCUUCGGUAAAACAUAUAUCUGAAAAUAUAAUGGCAAUAAAAUACUAAGCUUGGAUUAAAUGUCCAUCAGGUUAAAAUAUUCAUUUUUCUUUUUUCAUUAGAAAAUUAAAACAAACAGAAUCAAACAUUGUUAUUUUUGUUAUUCUUCUAUGAUUAUAAUCUUUAUAAUUUAAUAUUUAAUUACAAACAUAUUUGCGUACAUUUUUAUGCUUUUUAUGUUUCAUUUGUGCAUUUUCCAAAUAAGAUACAAGAAGAAGAAUUUAGUUGUGAAUAUUAAUUUAGAUGAAAAUGAUUUAAGUAUAUCAAAAGAACAUUAAUAUCAAUGUAUCAUGUAACAAGAUGAACGAGAUAAAAUAGUAAGUAUUGGUAAGAAGAUUGAUAUGAAGUAUAUGAUAAAAAAAAUGCUUUCCAAUAAAGACUCUCCAAUAUUUUUAAUUAAUUUUAUAGUUAUUAUUGAAUUAGUUAAAUUAAUUAUUUGACUUUAUCAAUGAACUUUAUCAAUUUGAUUAUCAGCAAAUUUAAUUUCAGGACAUUUAAUUUUAACAUUAUUAGGUAUUUUUAUUAGAAAUUUUAUUGCAAUAAUUCCAAUUAAUUUAUUAAUUCAAAAUACAUUAUUAACUUUAGAAAUUUUUAUAUCAAUUAUUCAAUGAUAUGUAUUUUCAAUUUUCUUAAUUUUAUAUUUUUCAGAAUCAAAUGAAUUUUAAUUAAUAAAUAAUGAAGAAAAACUUUUCAUUUAAUGUAAUCAUAAAUUGGCCAUGACCAAUUAUUUUAUCUUUUAGAUUAUUUGAAUUAACAAGAACAAUUUUUUUACUUAUAAUUUUAAAUAUAAUUAAUACCACUUUAUAAUUAUAAUAUUUUGAUUUUGUGAUAUUAUUCGAGAUAG